CCAACGCUGGACCUGGCCCCGGUGCUGUAGAUGAGACCUUCCCGGCGCCUUUGGAACUGCUUAUGUAAAAAUGCAUCUAAUUAAGAAUGAACACCAGAGGAGUACUAUGGUAAACAUGAGCUUCAUGUCAUGUUGGCUUCCUGUUUAAAAAAAAACCAGUAGGCUGGCAAUUUUAAAGGGACAACAACAAAGUGAUGACCAGGUGCCAAGUGCCAGCUGUCCUUAUUCACCAGAUUGAACAAGAAUUGGAUAAAGAAGAAGAAGAUAUUAUGAUUUUCCUAUGCCGAGACCUUGCUCCUGACUUGGCCACUGCCAGCCUUAGAGAGCUCUUGGUGGCUUUGAAUGAGAGGGAGAAACUGUCUUUUCUUGGCUUGUCCGAGCUGUUGUACAGAGUUAAGAGGUUUGACUUGCUGAGGAGGGUCUUGAAGACUGAGAAAGCAACAGCAGAAGCUAACCUUGCCAGGAGUCUCAGACUUGUCCCUGAUUACAGGGUACUGAUGGUAGAGAUUAAUGAGAAUCUGGAAAAAGAAGAAGUGAAUUCUCUUGUCUUUCUACUCAGAGAUUACGCACCCCGUAUGAAAAUGGCAAAAGAUAAGAGUUUUCUAGCUCUUGUGAUUGACUUGGAGAAACUAAAUUUGGUGGCUCCUAAUCAACUGGAUUUGAUAGAAAAUUGUUUUCGAAAUAUUCACAGGAUAGACCUGGUUAGGAAGAUUCAGAAGUACAAACACGAAGCUUUAAUGUCCUCCGUUCAUUCUCAGCCAGUAUAUAUAAAUGCACGUCAGGCAUCUCUCCCUAAUCUCAAUCUGAUUGAUCCUCCUUAUAGUUCAGGGAAUGUGAACAAAGGAAAAUCACAAAAUGGACAAAGUCUUAUUCUGGCAGAACCAGUCCACAUGUCCAUUCAGGAAUCGGGACCAGUGUCACAUAAGGUGUUUGAUGAUCAGUACAGAAUGCAAAGUCAACCCUUAGGAAUAUGCCUGAUAAUAGACUGUAUUGGCAAUGACACAGAUUUGUUGGAAGACACGUUCAGAUGCUUAGGCUAUGACGUUUGCUGUCACAGAUAUUUAAAUAUGAACACCAUGAAUCAAACAUUACUUGAAGUUGCAAGGUUGCAGAAGCACAGAAAUUGUGACAGCUUCAUUUGCAUAUUGGUCAGCCGUGGAGAUCCUCAGAGCAUCUUCUGUACAGACCAUACCUUUUCUGGAUUCCCUUUGGAACAAGUAAAGAAAUACUUUACAGCAGACUCAUGUCCUGAACUCCUAGGAAAACCAAAGCUUUUUUUUAUUCAGAGCUACAUUGUGCCAGAAAAUGAGCAAGAAUGUACUAGUCUACUGGAAGUAGAUGGGAAUGAUGAGAAAAACAUUGCUAACACAAAAAUCCCUUGGAAAGUCACUAUCCCCCAAGUAGCAGACAUCUUUUGGAGUCAGUGCAAGGUAGAUGUGUCUACACUAGAAAAAUCUCCAUCUGCAUCCUCAUAUUAUCUGCAUUGUCUGGCUGAGUUACUCCGCAAUCCUCAUAAAAGGAAACUUUCUAUAUUAGAUAUCCAUACGGAACUGAACAGAAAAGUCUAUGAGUGGAAUAAGACUGCUGACCCAAGCCAGCAAUACUCGCUUCUGCUCCAGCACACACUGAGGAAGAAGCUUUUUCUUUCUCCCGCUUGA